AUCAUGCUAACAAAAUAAAAAUAAAAACAUUUUAAAACGUAAAAUAAAAUACAUAUAUAAAUGCAUGCAUGUAUACGAAAGGUUUUUACCGUUGGGGAUUUUUAUGGGAUUAAACAAAAAAACAACGAUAAACCAGACAAAAUAUUCCCUGGAUAGGAGCAGCAGAUUCAACACAAACCUCGAAUCAGGUGACUGCGUAUGUCGAUGUUGCCAUGGCUUCUAUAAAUAGAAACUGGAUCUUCAUCUACGUCCCCUCGAUUCAAUAAUAGCAAACCAGACAGAUGUUCUCUCUCUCUCUAGUUUUUUUGUUCACCGUUUCGUGUAAUCUUAGCCAAUGGUCUCUAUAUAUACCUGGCGUUCUUGCUCCCAUGCAAAAUGUACGGGGGGUAGGGUCCCAGACAUUUUCACCUUCUCCGUUUCCGAAUCUUUCCUUGUUUUUUGUUUCUGGCGAGUUUUCCGCCGGAGAUUUCACCGGAAUAUUAUUCAGACAACGGCGUGGGAAGAAAAACAGGACUAACAAUGUCCAGUUUCGAAGUCGCCGGACCUGAGACCCAUCCCCCGGAGGGAAAGGCCAACACCAUCAUUGCCGAUGAAGAGGCUCAAGAGGAGGUGGCAGAUAGUCCAAUAGAGGAAGUCCGGCUAACGGUGCCGAUUACCGAUGAUCCGUCAGAACCGGUUCUGACAUUCAGGACAUGGACAUUGGGGAUCAUCUCAUGCGCAGCACUUGCUUUCGUGAACCAGUUUUUCAGCUACAGGACGAACAACCUCACGGUUUCGUCCGUGGCGGCUCAGAUCAUUGCUCUGCCCGUAGGAAGGCUCAUGGCCAAGACGCUGCCGACGAGGAAGUUCACAUUUCCAGGGACGAACUGGACGUGGUCGCUGAACCCGGGACCCUUCAACAUGAAGGAACAUGUCCUCAUCACCAUUUUCGCCAGUGCAGGUUAUGGAGGAGCUUAUGCUACAAACAUCGUCACCAUUGUCAAGACGUUCUACCACCGGAAGCUCGAUCCCGUGGCCGCUAUGCUGCUUGUGCAAACCACCCAGCUGCUAGGAUACGGGUGGGCUGGAAUAUUCAGGAAAUUCCUGGUGGACUCGCCAUACAUGUGGUGGCCAUCCAAUUUAGUUCAAGUCUCCCUCUUCAGAGUGUUGCACGAGAAAGAGGAGAAGCGUGAAGGCCAGCACACACGGCUGCAAUUCUUCCUCAUCAUCUUUUUUGCGAGCUUUGCUUACUACAUUGUUCCCGGUUACCUCUUCCCUUCCAUAUCGGCUAUUUCCUUCGUUUGCUGGAUAUGGAAGAACUCCGUGACUGGCCAGCAGAUCGGGUCGGGGAUGCACGGUCUUGGCAUCGGAUCUUUUGGCGUUGAUUGGUCAACAGUCGCUGGUUUCUUAGGCAGUCCUCUGGCUGUCCCUUUCUUUGCCAUUGCCAAUUUCUUUGCCGGUUUCGUCAUCUUCUUCUACAUCGUCCUCCCUAUCUUCUACUGGGGCAACAUCUAUGAGGCCAAGAAGUUUCCAUUCUAUACUUCAGCUCUAUAUGAUCACUCCGGGCAACGCUAUAACAUCACACAAAUCAUCAAUCAGGAAACAUUCGACAUCAAUUUGCCCGCUUACGAAAGCUACAGCAAGCUCUAUAUGGCUGUCAUGUUCGCCUUGGUUUACGGACUUAGCUUCGCUACUCUGACUGCCACCAUUUCGCAUGUUGCCCUCUUUGAUGGAAAGUUUAUUUGGGACAUGUGGAGGAAGACCUCAACUGCAGCCAAGGACAAGUUCGGAGACGUGCACACAAGAUUGAUGAAAAAGAAUUACAAAGCAGUACCUGAGUGGUGGUUUGUAACCAUUUUGGUCCUUUCGUUUGCACUUUCCCUCUACGCUUGUGAAGGCUUUGGAAGACAGCUUCAGCUCCCAUGGUGGGGUCUUAUACUCGCAUGUUCCAUCGCCUUCUUCUUCACCCUGCCUAUCGGAGUAGUCCAGGCAACAACAAACACGCAAAUGGGCCUAAACGUGAUUACCGAGUUGAUCAUCGGGUUCAUCUACCCUGGAAAGCCUCUGGCAAACGUAACCUUCAAGACCUAUGGAUAUAUCAGUAUGGCCCAAGCACUGUACUUCCUCGGAGACUUUAAACUGGGCCAUUAUAUGAAGAUUCCGCCGAGAUCUAUGUUCGUUGUUCAGUUCGUCGCAACUAUUAUUGCAUCGACCUUUAGCUUUGGAACGACGUGGUGGCUCAUCACAAGUGUUGAGAACAUCUGUGACACAGACUUGCUUCCUGAGAGUAGCCCAUGGACAUGUCCUAACCAUACGGUUUUCUACAAUGCUUCAAUCAUAUGGGGAGUCAUUGGUCCGGGGAGAAUGUUCACCAAGAAAGGUGUCUACCCCGAAUUGAACUGGUUCUUCCUUAUUGGCCUCCUCGCCCCCGUUCCUGGUUGGUACCUGUCAAGAAAGUUCCCAGAAAAGAAGUGGAUCAAGCACAUCCACAUGCCCUUGAUCUUUGCAGCGACAAGCCCAGUACCAGUGGCAAGAGCCGUGCAUUACUGGUCUUGGUUCAUCGUUGGAGUUAUCUUCAACUAUUACAUAUUCAAGAGGUUCAAGGAAUGGUGGGCAAGAAACACCUACAUUUUGUCCGCAUCUCUGGACGCGGGCACUGCAUUCAUGGCGGUAGUCAUCUUCUUCGCGUUGCAAAACAACAACAUUAACAUGCCCGACUGGUGGGGGAACGAGGCCGAUGACCACUGUCCUUUGGCGAGAUGUCCUACCGCGAAAGGAAUCGUCACCAAGGGUUGUCCAGUGUUCUAAGGCCGUUGCCUAGAUGGGAAGGCUGCUCCGAAGUUCCGAGCCUUGAAUGUUGAUUGAUAGCUACCGAAAGAUGUCUCUUGCUCUUACAAUCUGUACAAAAAAGAUAGAGGCUGUUUAUUGCUGAAUGAUUUAAGUGUUUCAUUAUAUGAAAGGUGUAAACACUAUGAUUAAGAAGUGAUGUAAUUAUUAGAUUUGGUUUCAUGCACUGUUUAAAUACAGA